UCUAAGCUACCCGAAAGCCUCCUCGUCAGUCGUACGUGGAACGUUGAGGCACUUUCGGCACUUAGUGUGUGUCCACGCGUGUUUUGCUCAUCGUACCAGCUCCGUGGUUAACAUGAGCAGCGGCGGGCUGGUGGACGUCAACGGCGCUACCCGGUGAACAAAGCGGCAACAGCGCGCUUGUGGUUGGAGCGACCCGGAGGAGAAUGCUGGAAAUGGUCGCCUGGCACCGCCGGUGAACGCCGCCGCGUUGAUGCGGCACCGAGAAGGCGAUACGCCGAGCGAGUAGACAGUGUCCGAGGGAGUAAUCAUCUUUUAGCAAGGGGACGUCUUCAAGAUGGCGGCCGUGGUCAACUACUCGCCGCCCUGGUGGGUGAACCUGCUCCACCGCUUGCCUCAUUUUAACUUGGACUUCCAGAUGGUCAGCAGCGACUUCCGGCCCGAAGACCCUGAGUAUCAAAAGUCGGUGUUGCUGCUGGGCUCGGUGGCUCUGUUGUGUUUGGGUUUGGACCUGGUGUUCCUCCUCUUCUACUCUUUCUGGCUGUGCUGCCGUCGGCGCAAGAGCAACGAGUCGUCUUCUUCGUCUCACUCGCACCACGCGCACGCCCAGCAGCAGCCCAGCGCAGACUGCUGCUGCACCGCCUGGUGUGUCAUCAUCGCCACCCUGGUGUGCAGCGCUGGCAUCGCUGUGGGAUUCUACGGGAACGGCGAGUCGAGCGACGGCGCCAGUCGCCUGGCGUAUUCCCUGCGCCACGCCAACCGCACCGUGUCGGGCAUCGAGAAACUGGUGUCGGACAGCGCCGUGGCGCUGAACCAGACGGUGGAGGAGAACCUGGUCCAGCUGGAGACGACCUACCAGGAGCAGACGGAUUAUGUGUCUAUCGUCCAGAAGCUGCAGGGACAGCUGGACGAGCUGGUCAGGCUCAUGGUGGAUGUCCCCUUCUGGUCCAACACCGCCGUGUCUCUGGAGGACCUGGCCCGCCAAACUGAGGCCUUUGACUUCUAUAGGUGGUUGGGCUACCUUGGCCUGCUGUUGUUUGACGUCCUCAUUUGCCUUCUGGUUCUCUUUGGACUCAUACGAAACUCCAGAGGAACUCUGAUUGGCGUGUGUCUGCUGGGCGUGCUGACGCUCGUCAUCAGUUGGGUGUCUCUGGGCCUGGAACUGGCAGUCGCUGCGUCUGCCAGCGACUUCUGCGAUUCUCCCGACACGUACGUUGCCCGCGCCACCAAGGAGAACGCUGUCAUCAAUCAAGAUAUCCUGCAGUAUUACCUGAAGUGCAGCCCGGGACAAGUCAACCCCUUCCAGCAGAGGCUGUCGGGGAGUCACAAAGCGUUGGUGGAGAUGCAGGACGACGUGUCGGAGCUUUUGCGAUCGGCCACGCGGGAAUACGCCAACACUAAGGCGACUCUGGAUCAGAUCCAGUCUGUGCUGAACUCCACGGAGGUGGGCCUGCACCAGCUGACGGCCCUGGUGGACUGUCGCAGCUUGCACAUGGACUACGUGCAAGCGCUGACGGGCCUGUGCUACGACGGCGUGGAGGGGGUUAUCUACCUGGUGCUCUUCUCCUUCGUCACGGCGCUCAUGUUCUCCUCCAUCGUCUGCAGCGUGCCGCACACCUGGCCUGGCAAGAGGACGGAUGAGGAGGACGGAGAAGACGAGUCGGGCGCCUCGCGGGGCGGCGGCGUUCAUGAUAACCUCUACCGCGUUCACAUGCCCAGUCUCUACAGCUGCGGCUCCAGCUACGGUAGCGAAGCUAGCCUGCCCGCCACCGCCCACACUGUCAGCAAUGCGCCCGUCACUGAGUACAUGAACCAGAACGCAAACUUUCAGACCCCCCGGUGUGAGAACACCCCCUUGAUUGGCAGGGAGUCCCCUCCACCCUCUUACACCUCCAGUAUGAGAGCCAAGUACCUGGCCACCAACCGCCCCGACCAGAACCGCCGCUCCGUCCCCAACGACCAGCUGGACCCAGCCAGCCGGCCCCAUGCCACCGCCCGGCCGCAGUCUUCGGUCCACUAAUGAACGAUCAUUACACACACAUGCACACACACACACACACACACACACACACACACACACACACACACUGUACAAAAGCUGUAAAUAGUAAUCAUAACUCCAACACUGAUUUAAUAACCAGUGAUGUGCUGUGCUGUGCACUUAUGUUGCUAUAUCUCACACAGACACACACUUGUUUAGGCUACAUCUACAUCUUCAUAACACCUAAGACUUGUCCAUACAGCUCGCUUUUUUUCUGGAAUUCAAGCACUCAGGAGUGUUUUGACCGAGGGGCUGACCACAUGCCAAAAUUAACGAGGGUGCCUGAAAAUGAUGCCGGGAAAUGCUCUCUUUCCAUGUACAGAAAUGGUAAGAAUUAAAGCUGCAAUGGGAAGAAGAGGAGGAAGGACUCUGCAGAAAAAUGUUUGCUUGGUGCUAACGUGAGCCGGCGAGGAAAAAAACGUUUUUUUUUUUAAACUCCCCCCCAAGUAUUUUACCACAAGUGAUACUGUGAUACUGUUUUUUUUUUUUUUGGAGUCCUCAUAAGCACAAUUUUUUUCUUCGAGGCGACUUUUUGAAGGCUAAAUGGGACACUGCCGACGUUCCUCCUAUUACUGUACAGUAUGUAAAGAUGAAUACUGAACUCGUGUUUGUGUGUGUGUGUGUGUGUGAUUAGCGCUGCAUUUUGUUUCACUGUUCACAUUUGAAACAUGCAGCCGCUACACACACACACACACACACACACACACACACACACACGUGCGCUUCGGCGUACGUUUGUUUGUCAGCGUUUAGACAGGAACAGUAACUUCCACUUCUCAAAUAUUUUCGAAGGAAAGGCCGUUUUUAGCCGAUAACGAACGGAUAAAUCGUCACAUAGAUAUGAAAAAAAGGAAAAUAGUGUAAUAUGCAUGCCAGGCCAGUAGUUGGCGGUGUCAUUUUGCAUUGUAAAUGUAGACUUUUGUCGGGGAAGCAUCGUAAGCAUAAACACUGCUACGUCAUUUCUGGUCUAUAGCGUUUAGUUGGGAACGGUAACUUCCAGUAUUCCAAAUGUGCGUUUUUAGGCUGUUGCCAACAAAAAAAGUCUUAUUUUAGCGACUAAAGAUCACACACACACACGCACUUGCACACACAUACACGCUGAGUGUACAACAACUUUUUUGGGGGGGCGAUUCACUUAAAAGAACAAAUAAUCCCUGUUCACACAGAUGCCCCAAAAUGUCUAAAACAGCUGUAAUAUGCAUGCCAAACCAGCAUUUGGCGCCUCGAAAACAGGUGAUUGUGUUUUGUAGUUUAAAUGAAAGAAUGUUUUGAGCCAAUAACGACACACACACACACACACACACAGCAUACUUUUACAUGACAACAACCUAGCAAAUACUUUUUGGAUGUUUUUUGACAUUUCAUUUGAAAAGACAAAGGAUCGUCACACACAAAAUGAGUGAAAAUUAUGUAAUAUGCAUGCCGUACCAGUAGAUGGCAGUCAUUUUUGUGUGACGAAAGCCAACACACACAUCUGUUGCAAAUAUAAACUUUGGUCGGAGUUGUUCGCAUAAAUGCUGAGAUAGUGCUUUCGUCUUUAAGAGUUUAUUUGACACUUUUUCAAAUAUUGGCUUUUUUAGACUGUUGCUGUUUAAACAAAAGACCGUUUUUCGCUUAAAGUUCUUGUCUCAACAUCCCGUUACUACGCACUUUCGCAUUGUAAAUCAUACAUCUUGUCGGAGAAGUGCCGUUAACAUAUAGCAUUAGCUAGCUCUGUGUUCCACUUAUGUGCUUUUACAGAUCACAAUUUAUUUGUGUUUAGGCUGUUGUCGCGUCAACCAACAUGCCCAAACCAUCUUGCUUUUAGCCAUAUGGCAAAAAAGCGUCCGCCUAUUAGCAUUAGUCGACUUGGAAGUUCGCCAAACAUCCUACCCUGUACUGCAUUAACACAUUUGAAUUAAUGUAUUUUAACCACCAAUUCUCGUAUUAUCGAAACAAUCUUACAUUUUUAGGCUAACCACGCUACUUAGCCGCGUCGUGCUAUGUUCAACGAGCAUUUGACGCCUUUCAUAAUGUUUUUAAAAUGUCUUUCCACGCUCCUCAUCACCGUUUAUUUUUAUUUAUUUAAUUAAAAAAAAACAUUUCACUGUCUUGUAACGUAAUGGACGUUCUAAGAUUAAAAAAAAAAAUACUAGUUAGAUGUUUUUCUACAGUAUUGCUCUUUUCAUUUUUAUCUCCAUAAUUCUACUAAGAAACAAAAAAAGUAUUAAUGAUGUACAUGUCCAAACUGUGGUAAUGAUAUAAUUCAAGCUGGAAAAUAAAUGUUGAAAAAAAAAAAAGUGAAAUUAA